AUGAAACUACAUUUACAAAAAAGAACAAGAACUGCCACUAAACAUGGAACUACCUGCUUUACAAAAACUGUACAUGCUCCAGCAACUGCAACUACAACUGCAUCUAAUCGUGCAACAAUAACUGCAACUAAAAAUUUCACUGCAAAAGAUACAGACACUGCAGCUGAACAUAUAAGUGCAACUGCACAUGCCACUGCCACUACUGAAACUGAAGAUGAAACUGCAACUGCUAAUGCACAUGCUACUGCUACUGCUACUGCACAUGCAACUGCAACUCUAUCUGCAAUAACAACUGCAACUGCAUCUGGAGGUACAACUGUAACUGUAACUGCCCCUGCACCUGCAACUGAAACGGCACAUGCAACUUUAAUUGUAACUGAAACUGCACAUCCAACUGCAACUGCAUAUGCCACAACUACUGCUCAUUCAACUGCUUUUGCUACUAAAACUGUACAUGCAACUGCCUCUGCUAGUGCACAUGUAACUACAUCUGCUACUGCAACCGCAACUGCCACUGCAUUUGUACCAACUGCACAUAAAACUACAACUGCACACGAAACGGCAACUGGACAUAAAACUGCAACUGAAACUGCUGCUGCAAAAUACACAGAAACUGCAAUUGCMCCUGCCAAUGCUACGGCUACUGCAACUGCAUAUUCGACUGCCACUGCAACUGCUCAUCAAACUGCAACUGCAUAUGCUUCGGCUACUGCUCAUGCAACUGCUAUUGCUAUUGCAACUGCUACUGCAACUGCAACUGCACAUGUUCUUUUAACUGCACAUGUACUAACAACUGCUACUGGAACUGAAACUGCAACUGCUACUGCACAUGCUUCUUCAACGACACAUUAA